AUGUCGCGCGAGAGUGAUGGAACCCGAGGGAUAGAAAUGAUGAUACGGAGCGAUGAUAAACAACAAUGGGGUCAGUGCAAAAAAGUGUUCCGCCUGGUAUAAAAGGCCCGUCUGGACUGGAACACUCAUCCCAGGCUUCAGGUUUACUCAGCUUCAAAGGUAUCCACUUCUUUUACCUCUAUUUUCUUGUUAAUUUGAAUCGUUUAUUUGUCGUUAGUAAAUAAAUUUUGCUUUCAGCCAAUGAGUGCGAAAUUCCUUGUAGUCGCGACCUCCGCGGUCUCGGCCGUCUUCAUCCUCGGAGCCCUCAUUUCCGUUGGCAUGGUCUUCCAGGACAUCAACUCCCUUUACGAUGAGGUCAUGGUUGACAUGAGAGACUUCAAAUCAGCCGCCAACGAUGCUUGGCACGGAAUGAUGGCCGUCUCCACCCCCGAAGGAGAACCAAAAACCGAGACUUUCGCCCAACUCAUUGGAAGAAACAAGCGUUCCACCCAAUGUGAAUGUGCCCGCAAGGCCAACAACUGCCCAGCUGGACCACCAGGCCCAGCCGGACAGCCAGGAGAGAAGGGAGAAGAGGGACCAAAUGGAGAGAAUGGAAAGCCCGGAGCCCCUGGAAUCGCCCUUCUUGGCCCCAACAGAAAGGGAGGCUGCAUUACUUGCCCAGGAGGACCUCCAGGAAGACCAGGACCAAUCGGAAAGCCCGGUCCAAUUGGUCAGCCAGGUCUCCCAGGACAAAAAGGAUACCCAGGAAACGACGGAUUCCCAGGACCAUUGGGCCCUCUCGGAGAUGCCGGACCACAAGGACCACCUGGAGAACCUGGAUCAGUUGGACAUCCCGGAAUGGACGGCCGCAAAGCUGUCUCUCCACCCGGCCCCAAGGGAUCUAUUGGAUUGGUCGGACCCCGAGGACCUGCUGGAGAAAAGGGAGAAGCCCCACAACCCGGAGAGCCUGGAGAACCAGGACCAGAGGGAGCUCCAGGAGCCCCAGGAAAGAAUGGACUCGACGGAAAACCUGGGACCAACGGAGGUCCAGGAGCCGCUGGAAAGGACGCCGAAUAUUGCCCAUGCCCAUCUCGCAGCAGCGGUGGUCCUGGCAGUGCUCCAGCUGGCCCAGCCAAGCCAGCCGCUCCGGUUUUGAACGCCGAAGCCGGACGGACCGGGGCUUACAAGAAGAAGAGACGUCUUCGCAACUAA